AAACCUGAUAUCCCCUAACUCGCCUUCGUCGAGUGCAUCUUCACGCAAUUUCAUCUUCCCUCUUCCCGUCGAGUGCAUCUUCACGCAAUUUCAUCUUCCCUCUUCCGGUCAGCCAGCUAAAGAAGUGGAAGUUAAAUCUUCGGAAUGGCUUCGAGAGUUUCGAAUCAAGUUUGUUUGGAGAGCAGUGGCAAAGGAUAGAGCAGAAACCUUUGAUUGUAUUAGGAAGCAGGCCUCAUCGGUAGCAAUCGAUCCUGAUUUUUUUUUUACUUAGCAUUGUUCUCUCCAGUGGGUUGCCGCCUCCAAUCGAUCCUGGUGGCCAUUCCUUCAUCAUCGCCAAAUUCAACAUACAAAACCCUGGAUAUACAAAGGUUUUGAAUCUUUUGGUGGAAGAUCUUUGGAUGGCUCUGUUAUAAUCCUCGAGAGCUUGUUUUUCAGUUUCUUCCAUUUCUGUGCUCAGAAAUUGAGCUUAGGAUUAUUAUUUCUUUGUUGUAAAAAGUCAAUUUUGGAAGAAUUAUUAACUUCCUGUUCUGAAGCCGGUUUCAAGAUCGCUGUGCAGAUAUUUUGUUGUCCUCUCCAUCUUCAUACUUCGAUUGCUUCGAUUCGCCCUCGCGCGAUCGAUUCAAGCAUUGUUCUCUCCAGUGGGUUGCCGCCUCCAAUCGAUCCUGGUGGCCAUUCCUUCAUCAUCGCCAAAUUCAACAUACAAAACCCUGGAUAUACAAAGGUUGUUGAUAUAUUUCCUGUUGUUUCUGUGAAGUUAGUAUGGUAUGGAUUUCUCGAUUACCUUUUUGUUUGAAUUCCAUAUAUAGGGUCUAUAACCUUAAACAUGUCCCCCAUUCUGCAUAGUGUUUACUUCCAAUAGAUUUACUUUUUAAAAUCUAGGCUUGUUCAAAUUGUAACUCAAUUGCCUUUCCUUUAUUAGAUCACUAUGCCACCAAAAUAUAUAGCAACUGACACUCAACGUCAAAGAUACAAUGGAAAUAAAAGGACCAUUAGAGAAACCCUGCAUACAAAUAAAAGAAACAAAAAUCAGGCAUGGCUACUGAAAGCCCAACUUGCCGAAUCAAGUUCUACAUCUUCAAAUUCUGAAAAUUUUGAAAAUCAACCAUCUGGUUUGAAAGGAGUAUUUGAACCACAAAAUUCUACAGUACAUGUACUUAAAAAAGUACCUCCAUGUACCCAUUGUGGAGCAAAGAAAUUUGAAUAUGAACCACCUUCAUUCUGUUGUUGUAAUGGAAAUGUUGUUUUGGCAUCUACAACGGUUCCAGAUGAAUUAUAUACUUUAUUUACUUCUCAAACAUCUGAAGCCAUUGAAUUCCGUAGAUAUAUACGUGCUUACAAUAAUAUAUUUUCCUUCACAUCUCUUGGGGUUCAUGUUGACAAAGAUCUUGCAAAUGGGAAAGAUGGUAUAUAUACCUUUAGAGCUCAAGGACAAUUAUAUCAUGAUUUGCCUCCAAUUUUGCCGGAAAAAGACAAUCCAUGCUAUUUGCAAUUAUACUUUUAUGAUACUGAUAAUGAACUUCAGAAUAGGAUGAAAGUGUUACAAGAUUCAAAACUCAAAGAGCCUAUCGUGUCAAAACUAAUGGAUAUUCUAUCAAUUAAUCCAUACGCAAGGUUCUUUAAAAGUUUGAAAGACGUUCAUUUGUUGGAGAAUAAUGAGAUUAUAAUCACAAGUGACGUACAUCUUGAUCAGAGAGUUUACAAUUUACCAUCAGUCGACCAAGUUGCAGCUAUUUGGGUAGAAGGAAAUAAUCCCCAUAGAACUGAAAAUUGUGAUAUAGUAAUAGAAGGACAUUCAGGGAAGAAACAUCGAGUGGUACAUUAUUAUGGUUGUUAUAAUGCCUUACAAUAUCCUCUUUUAUAUCCAAAUGGGGAAGUCGGCUGGCACAGGAGCAUUAAACAAAAGAAUGUAACAGGUAGAGUUUUGCAUGAUUUAACAAGCGAGGAGUCUAUAUUUAAUAGAGAAUGCGACUUUGAAGGUAUGUUUAACUAUUAGAUUUAUAUUUUUUAAUGUUUAAGGUUUAAAUGUUAAAAUAAUUUAUAUAUGUCAAAUUAUAGGAUUUGAUGAGAGUAACAAGAACAGGGUAUCUCCCAGAGCAUAUUAUUGUCAUAAGCUUCAGAUUCGAGAUUGUCAUCGUUCUAUUCUUUUAUAUGCUGGUCGAUUGCUACAUCAAUAUGUUGUAGAUAUGUAUAUCAAAAUUGAAGCAACGCGAUUAGAUUUUUUUUCGAGAA